CUCAGUUUCUCUUUUCGAGUGACUGUCAAUUCGUAUGCCACACACGCAAAACUGAAGGGGAAGAGAUAAGAGCGGCAAAACCACCGAGUCAUUGUCGUGACUUGGUGACAUAAAUCGUUUUGAAAAAAAAAUGGUAGUUGCAGUUGCAGCAGCAGCAUCCACUCCAUUUUCAUCCUCCUCCGCUACUUUCACGCGCCGUCGUAGCAUCAGACGUGUUUCUUCAGUACCUCGAGUAAGCGCCACUCUUUCUCGGGAGCCCUCUCCUCUUCUCCGCGCUGCUCACCACACCGUGGAUAGUUACGUGAAGAGUGGGAUGGUUAUUGGUUUAGGAUCUGGAGAAGCUUCAGAUUUAGCUAUACGUUAUUUGGGUCAUCAACUUCGUUCUGGUUCGUUACAAGAUGUUGUUGGUGUACCAAUGUCUGCUCGAAGUGCGAGUGAAGCAGCAAAGUUUGGAGUUCCCUUGAAACAUUUCCGGGAUGAUUUUCAGAUUGAUUUUGCAUUUCAUGAUGCUGAUGCUGUAGAAGAGGAUACGCUUGUCUCAGUUAUAGGGAGGAAAAGAACAACACAGGAAGAUGACUAUAUUCUCCGACAAAAGUCUAUUGUCAAAGCAGCUGAUGAGGCAGUGUUCAUGAUAAAGGAUGAACAAUACAAGUCAGGUCUUGAAGGAUCCAUCCCUGUCUUGGUUCAAUCCCUAAAUUGGUUAGCUAUAGCUGAGGAGAUAGAUGACUUGUAUCUAGGGGAUGCAGAGGUGUGGAGAAGAGCUUCUGUAGGAGAUGCAGGCCCUCUUGGAGGAGACUUUCCUAUAGUCACCAGUGAUGGUCACAACAUUCUUGAUGUUAUCUUCACAACUCCUAUUCCAAGCCUUGGUAAUAGCUUUUACUGCUACCACUGUAACUUGUACAAUGUUCUCUAUUGCUGGUUAAUAUGGGUUGAUCAAUGCGGGAUUAUGCAGCUAACGUGGCCAAAAGCCUGGAAAAUAUUGAUGGGGUGGUGGACCAUGGACUUGUUAUCAAAACCAGAUGCACAGUGGUGAUUGCGGGAGAGACAGAAGUGAGAACUUUUACCUUGCAGACUAAUGCAGUGGAAGGUGGUGUAUGAAACAAAGGGUGGAGACUUUGCAGAAGUUGUUGAUUCCAUAGGACAGUGAGAUGUUGAAAUAAAACGGCUAUUAGGAUUGCCAUUCAAAACCCAUUGAGGAAACUGUUUUACACAUUGCACACUCAGUUAAUAGAGCAAUACUGUAACUUCUAAAAUGGAGGAAAACUUAAUGUCAAUAUCUUCGUUUUUUUUUUGAGAAAUCACCAACACGAAUACCGGAGAUUCUCAGAGCUCCAGUGACAAGAUAAGUCUCAAGCAUUUUAUAACUGACCAAAGAAUUUAUAUGAAACCUUC